AUGGCACAGCCUCAAUCAAUCUUCAUAGCCGUCAUCGGAGUCGGAGGCGUAGGGAAAGCCUUCGUCACCCAAGUCCAACACCUGCAACCCCGCCUCCGCAAAGCCAACCCACCACUCGACCUCCGACUCAUCCUCGUCCGAAGAAGCAAACAGCAGAUCUCAAGCCCUAAAUAUGACAAUCUUGACCUAUCAAAAGUCCUUGACGAGCUAUCAAGCUCGAAAGACUCUUUACCACCACUCAAGGAAAGUCUCGAGUACCUGACAAAAGCACCCGGUCGAGCAGUCCUGGUAGACAAUACAUCCGACCCUGAACUCGCCUCCACAUACCCAGACAUGCUUGCAAAGGGCAUCUCGAUAGUGACUCCCAACAAGAAAGCCUUCUCAGAUGACCUCUCCCUUUGGCAGAAGAUCUUCUCCUCAGCAGCCAAUGGCACUGGCUCACCAAAGUCUGGAUAUGUCUUCCAUGAAUCCACCGUAGGAGCUGGUCUACCCGUUCUGAGUACACUGAAAGAACUCGUCGAGACGGGAGACGAGGUGAUGAAGAUCGAGGGCGUCUUCUCAGGAACAAUGUCCUUCCUCUUCAACUCCUUCAUGCCCGUCGGAGGCGGAGGAGGGAAGUUCAGUGCAGAGGUCAAGAAGGCGAAGGAGUUGGGGUAUACGGAGCCGGAUCCCCGGGAUGAUCUAAAUGGUCUUGACGUGGCGAGGAAACUUACGAUCUUGGCACGAUUGGCGGGGUUGGAGGUGCAGAGUCCGACGGCAUUCCUUGUGGAGAGUCUGAUACCUAAAGAGCUGGAGUCUUGUUCUUCUGGCGACGAGUUUCUGGAUAAGUUACCUGGUUUUGAUGGGCAGAUGGAUGAGCUGAAGAGUUCCGCUGCGAAAGAAGGGAAAGUGGUGAGGUUCGUGGGGAGUAUUGAUGUGCCGUCUAAAGCUGUGAAGGUUGGGCUUGAGAAAUUCGACGCUAGUCAUCCUAUUGCUGCGCUGAAGGGCAGCGACAAUAUCAUCAACUUUUAUACAAAGAGGUAUGGGUCGAAUCCGUUGAUCAUACAGGGGGCGGGCGCUGGAGCGGAUGUUACGGCUAUGGGUGUCACAGGGGAUUUGUUGAAGGUUGCUGCGUUGUUGAGGCAGAAUUGA